CUCCUUCCAAUCAGUCUGCAUUCGCAUGUUCACGAGGUAGCUCAAAAGUAGACUAUCGCAUUCGCACACCCCCACUCACCUGGCUUACACAAAUUGUCCGGUACACGGCAGGACAAAGGGUUAACCCCGAGCCAGUCGAGGUACACGCUGUGAUAGAUAGGUUAGGUACUUGAUUACACGACGGCGGCACCUCGACACCGGUUUGAAUUCGAACCAAAUGCCAAUGUGCAAAAGUGCCGACAGUUUUGAAAUUUCAAUGAAUUCGCGUACUUGUCUGUGGAAGCUGGGACCGCUCGCAUGGGAGUUGUUAAAAAAGUAGACCGUGUCACGCGACAACCAGCGCGAGGUGUCGUCUCCACCGUGACAGAUAGCCUAUACAUUUUGAGGUUAGGUAUACAGACCGCGCGUCCUUUAAAUUCAAACAGGCCACGCGAUACUGACAGCUGCUGGUGCCAGUCUUCGUCACAAUCAACUUCAAGAUGGACAAUUCAGCGUACUUGCCAAAUCAACUACCACCACCUAUGGUUGUUUUCUCUCAGGCCGGAGGAUUCGCCGAGGGCCUCAGAUUGCAAAGACCUUUCAAUCCACAAGUUACUGACUCAAUUGCGAAAGAAUUGCCUCUUGCGUUUGGAACGGGUUCUCCAUUCAGUUACGGUUUCCAACAGAUGUUGCAUCUCCAGCACAUACAACAGUUUCAACAUUUUCAACCGUUUAGUGCGUUUAAACCUCCGCCGGGACCGUCGGCUUUUGCACCGCCAGGAAAGUGUCUCAAAGUUGAAACCGGAAGUUCGACAGUGUCAUCGGGUUUGCCUAGUAUUAGUUCACUUUCGAGUAUCUCGAACAUGUUCUCGCCAUCGUUACCAACGUCUGUUGCCGGUGGGCCCGGUGGUCCGGAACUUGCACCACAAAGUCCCGCCGGUUCAACAAGUCGAUCACCUCCCGGAAGUGCAACGAGUACAAUUGUCGGUUCCAUCGCUCCAAGUCGUGGAACACCCCCUGAAGAAGAGGAUCGUGAUGCCAAUGCCACCCCCGGAUCAGAGAACACUGAACGCUCCACACCUGAGGAAGGACGACCAUAUAGACUGGGGCCUGUGUUCGGGGGUCGAUGCGGCGCAGAGGCGCUUGGCUUGGGACUUCCUCUGGGCCCAGCCUACAGGUUCGCUUUACCCCCGGUACUCGCUGUUAAGACAUCCCGCAACCUUGCAUUCGACCAAGACCAAAAGUGAAGAUCAGUAGAGCGG